UCAGGGAAUGAUCAAUUUUUGCGUUAUUGUGUACAUGGAUGACAUUUUGGUGUAUUCUAAGCCGUUCCAUGGACACGCGCAGUAUAUUGAAUCAAUUUGAAUGGACACUUGGCGCGCUGCGGGAUGCGGGUUUCAAGAUUGCGUUGGAGAAGAGCGAUUUUUUCCUGUCCGAGAUCUCGUUCCUAGGAGAGGCACGGAAGCGCAGACGGAUUGACACGACUACACAGACCAGGCAAGGUGCCACGCAACGAAGAGAUCACUCUGUGGAAGGAAUCAAAGCAGCCCAAGGGACCCGGUGGACCAGAGACAACAUUCACCCCGCCGCGAACGAGGGCGUGGAGUUACUCAUCAUUCAGGCGUGGAGAACGGCGGUGGAAGGGGAUUUAUUGGGAUUCGUCUUCGGAUCGGUGGAAGCAGUACAUCGACAGCUGAUCGUCAGGGAACUCUUGAUCCUCUUGACGCAGCUGCUGGACAAUUUGUCGAUCAACAUUGUCUCGCACUGCGAUGAGAGCUCGGCGCCGCAUAUUCUCUCGUGCACUCUGACGCCAUAUCUACAUUGGUCGGCAUGCUUGGAGGGUGGUUGGGACAAUUGUAGUUACCCGUCACACGGUAACUACCUGAACCCUGCGAAGAUAGUCGACCUUCUAUUCGUGGAUCGAGUGGAGCAGACGUCGGAAGAGGAGGAAGGCGAAGAGGAAGAAGAGGAAGAGGGAGACGAAUCGGAGGACACCCCCGAAGAGGACGAGUAUUACAGCGAGCACAGUGAGCAUGAGUCGGGGGCAAUAAGUGAAGUGGAGGAGGAGGACGAAAGCGAGGAAGAGGAGGCAGGACUGAUGGGAACACAGGAAGAGGAUCCUGCUGCGACCGAGCGACGCCGGGCAGAAAUCGCGGAGGGAAAGUGGACGUUGGAACAGGCGGUGGGGACUUAUUUGCCGAUUCCGGACGAUCUGACCAGAGAUACGGAGCCGCCAACGGAGGAAGAUGAGCGCUGCGCCGCAGAGGCUUCGAGCGCGCCGACACGGAGGCGACGAAGCCAAUCCCCCUCCCCCUCCCUCCGUCCCUCAGUUCGAGCACGUGCCGAUGCGGGGCAUCGGGCUACGUCCCUGGUAAUUAUCCCCUCGUCCCCUUGAUUACCUUACAUUCUGGCAGAUAGACACCCCCCUCAUCUUUCCCCAAAAUCCUCUCCCCUCCUCCCGCUUCUACCAAUUCUACGCCAUCCGCCUCGCCGCCACGAUAUACCCGCACCCCACCACUGAGUGCGUCUUUCCUUCCUUUUGCCUUCACAUCCUUCUUUUCACCACCGCCUGGCGGGAUCACAAUGUGAUCGAAGUUUACAACAGAAAAAUUGUGGGAAAUUUUCAUCAAGUUUUCAACUUGGGCACAACACUGGACCAGCAUUGGAAGUACGUGAAAUGAUGCGGCCAACCAUCUAGGAGGGUCGGGUCCAUGUUUCCAACCGUUUACCAACAUGCGGCCAACAUGUUUUCAACAUGCGUUCAACGUUGGUCCAACAUGUUUCCAACACGUUUCCAACAAGUGUGUGUUCGAAAAUUUGUGCUCUUAAGUUCCCAGCAAUGCAGUUCACUACUGCGUGGAAACGGUGGCGCAAGUGACCUCAUUUCACCUUUGUGUAGCCCGCAGUAGUGAACCGUGAUGUUCUCGUGGCUGCGCGGGUCGCGGAGGCGCACGGUUGACACAAUGGAUGGGCGAGCUAUGUAAUGAGACGGGGGGGUUGGUUGGGCAAAAAAAAACAAAUCGGCAAUAAAAGA